AUGUCCACGGCCGAAGUGGUGGCACAGCGCAGUGCUGUGCUCCCCGCACCAGCGCCGGCGACAGCACCAGCAUUGGCGACGGUACCGCUGGCCAGCAUGUCGAAGCCGCCCUCUGCCUCGUCCGGGCCCUCCUCGACAUCAACAACAACAACAACCACCACGACCACCACAACCACCGCCACCGCCACCGUCGACAGGAUCCCCGUCCCCUUUACGUCCAGCAGGCCCAAGAGAGUGCGGAGCCCCGGCCUCAACAGAGACGAAAAGCAAGGCCGAACGCCAAAGCAGCGGCAGCGCAGUUUCACGAAGACCAUGGAGCCCCCGGUCCUGUCGUUUUACGGCGAAAAGCCCGUUCCCCUGCCCUCGCGAUUUGGCCACCUGAAGCGCAGGCUGGCGGCCGGCCACGAGCCCGCGCUGGAAGCCUCCUGGGGGCGCUUGUUAGCCGCACUGCGCGAGGAGAUCAAGCACAUCGAGCGCGGAGGGACCGAUCUGAUACCCUCAAUUGACUUUAAUGACAUUGGCAACUCGAUUAGCGUCUCCGAUUUCAGCGAAAGAGUCAAGCGCUAUGGGAUUGGCGUGGUGCGCAGUGUUGUCGCAGAAUCCGACGCCGAAACCUGGGUGAGCGAGACCAAGAAGUACCUCGAGACCAAACACGAGUUCAAGCCGCCGCCAGCGCAGGACCCGACGUGUUUCGACUUCUUCUGGUCGCCGUGCCAGGUGCGCGCAAGAGCGCAUCCCAAGGUGCUCCAGGCGCAGCGCUUUGCCAUGUCCAUCUGGGACACCACGGACGACGACAGGCUGGCAACCAGAUUCCCCAUCUGCUACGCCGAUCGCAUCCGGAUAGAUACCAACACCACGAGUGAUCUCAAUGUCGGGAACGGCACGAACCUGGAGGACGCGCUGCCGCCCGCGACCUCGUCUACGCUGAUUGCACAGGUCGACAAUGGUAGUUUAGAGCGGUGGGAAGUAGACGGCUACGGCCGCAGUGGGUGCUAUGAUGCGAUCUGGAAAGGGGAGUGGGAGAAAUACAACCCCUGGGACCCGACAGGCCGGAUCCACGCCACGACCGACUUAUACAACGGCGCCGGAGCGUGCAGCAUGUUCCGCAUGUUCCAGGGCAUUCUUGCGCUAACGACGGUCGAGCCCGGCAUGGUGCGGCUGCUGCCGUCGCCGAAACUCUCCACCGCAUACUUUCUCCUUCGCCCCUUGUUCUCGCCCAAGACGCCGGCGCCAGAGAAGCGCGACGCAUCUGCUGAGGAGUGGCAGGCUUACCUGGACCCCUCCAACUGGGCCCUCGAGAAGGAGCAGACGACCAUCAUUCAUGGGGCAGUUCCUGGGCACGCGCAGCGCGUGACGGACACCUGGCAUCCGCAUCUGCAGUUGAACUCGAGCCUGAUCGCUCCUCCCACUCUGAGACCUGGUGACUAUAUUGUGUGGCAUCCGGAUCAGGCCUACGUCUUUGAUAAGCCGCCUCCGAGCCUGUCGAUGCUUGUUUACACACCCGCAGCGCCGCUGACGCAGACCAACGCCCUGUUUCUGGCUCGGCAGCGGAAAGCGUUCCUGCGCGGCCACCCGGGACCGGACUUCGACUCCACCGGAAGUGGUCUAGGCAGCGAGGCGCCCCACACCGGCCGUCUCGACGAGAAGGAUAUUGAGGCGGUGGGCGGCCAGGAGGGCCUACAGGCCAUGGGACUCGCGCCGUGGGUGAUCGACAAGGCAUUGGUGGAGGAGUCCAAGGCACCGACCCCGACCGAGGAGAAGGAGAAUGGGAAUGGAGCGUUGAGUCAGGGCAUCAGCAACGGCAGAGCAGAGGGCAAGAUAUCGGCGACGGAGGCCGACCUGGCGCGAGAAGCCAAUAUAAUCCUAUUCCCGGAUAGAUUUGACUUCUGGAUGCCCAGCCGCAUGGGGACACCAUCAAUAGACAACGGAUCCAAGGGGAAAGAGAAAGAGAUCAAAGCAGAGCAAGCGGCUUGA